ACCGACCUCUCCGUCUUCGACCGACCUCUCUGUCCGUCGAGGAUGCCCGCUCCCGACCUCCACAGCCGUCGAGGAUGUCCGCUCCCGCCCGCCCCGACCUCGAAAUCGACCUUGACGACCUCGGCGACGCCUUCCCUGCCCUCGGCGACGUCCUUCGCGACCUCGACGACGGCUUCCCUACCCUCGUCGACGUCCUCCGCGACCUCGGCGACAUCCUCCCCGCCCUCAACGACAGCUCCCUCGCCUUCGACAACGCCUUCCCGCCCUCGACAACGCCUUCGACUCCCUCGACGACCCCUUCGACUCCCUCGCCGACACCUCCCCCGCCCGCGACGACGUCCCCCGCGACCUCCCCGACGUCCUCCCCGACCUUCGUCGACGCCUUGCCGCCCGCAAUGACAGCUCCCCACCCUUCGUCGACGCCUCCAUCGCCCUCGACGAGCAUCAACUAACAGCAGGAACCGCGUCAGCAAGUCGGUGGGAGGAGGGCAGGGAGGCCGGGCGCGUCGCCGGCGGGUAGGGCAGAUGACAUGUGCGUAGUCGGUAGUC